GAAAGAAGGGGCGGGGCUUCCCCGGGGUCACCAUCCCCGACCUCUUAGGGGCUCCGGGCCAAAUCCCCGCCCUGGCUAGGAGGCGCGCCCAGGGUCAGCGGAGCCUCACCGUGCGUUCUGGGCGAGCCCCGGGCAGUAGGCCGGCUGGUUGCCUGGGUCCCGGGAGGGUGGAGGCGGGUCUGAGCGGACGCUGACGUUGUUUCUCCCUCCUGUGCUCUGACUAGCUGUUUCCAGGUGUCUGACUUAAUCCGCCUCCAGAGCCGGAUCUUUCUCUGGUGGGGUCCUCAGCAAAGACCGCUGCCAUGCCGGUGACGGUGACCCGCACCACCAUCACGACCACGUCGUCGUCCUCGGGCCUGGGCUUCCCAACCACCGUGGGGUCCGCUCGGGCACUGACCCAGCCCCUGGGCCUCCUCCGCCUGCUGCAGCUGAUCUCCACCUGCGUGGCCUUCUCGCUGGUGGCCAGCGUGGGCGCUUGGACAGGCAACAUGGGUAACUGGUCCAUGUUUACCUGGUGCUUCUGCUUCGCUGUGACCCUCGUCAUCCUCAUCGUCGAGUUAGGCGGGCUGCAGGCCCGCUUCCCCCUGUCCUGGCGCAACUUUCCCAUCACCUACGCCUGCUACGCCGCCCUCUUCUGCCUCUCGGCCUCCAUCAUCUACCCUGCCACCUACGUCCAGUUCUUGUCUCACGGCCGCUCCCGGGACCACGCCAUCGCUGCCACCGCCUUCUCCUGCAUCGCUUGCCUGGCUUACGCCACCGAAGUGGCCUGGACCCGGGCCCGGCCCGGCGAGAUCACUGGCUACAUGGCCACCGUGCCAGGGCUGCUCAAGGUGCUGGAGACCUUCGUGGCCUGCAUCAUCUUUGCCUUCAUCAGCGAGCCCUACCUGUACCAGCACCAGCCGGCCCUAGAGUGGUGCGUGGCCGUGUACUCCAUCUGCUUCAUCCUGGCGGCCGUGGCCAUCCUGCUGAACCUGGGCGACUGCACCAACAUGCUGCCCGUCCCCUUCCCCAGCUUCCUGUCCGCGCUGGCCCUGCUCUCCGUCCUCUUCUACGCCACGGCUCUGGUCAUCUGGCCGCUCUACCAGUUCGACGAGAAGUACGGCGGCCAGCCCCGGCGGUCCAUGGAUGUGAGCUGCGGCAACAGGCACACCUACUACGUGUGCUCCUGGGACCGCCGACUAGCUGUGGCCAUCUUGACAGCCAUCAACCUGCUGGCUUACGUGGCCGACCUGGUGUACUCAGCCCGCCUGGUUUUCGUCAGGGUCUGAGGCUCUGCCCUGGAGGGGCGACCGAUUCCCUCUCCUCAGCGGAGGUUCUUUACCAAGUUCUGAGGCCCUCUGAGGUCCUCUUCCCGGCUCCCCUCUCCCCUGCGUUUCUCAUACCCUUCCCAACUCCUCCUCCUCUCUUUUCUGUUUCUUUCCCUCCUUCUUCUGCUCUCCCUUCCCGUUCUGUUUGGUUACCACAUCCUGUUUGGCUUCCUUCUCUUUCUGCUCUCUUCUUUUCUACACGUUCUGCUUUGGGGCUCUUUUCUGGUCGUCCUGUUUGUUUUCUCAACUGCCCGUUGCCUGACCGCCUCUUCCCAGUUUCCUUCUGAUCGAUCAGGAGCCCUGAGACUUCUUCCUUCUCUGCCCCACAGCCCACUCCCACCUCCAAAGGUGCUGAGCCCCACAUCACACACCCCUUUUGCAGCUGUUCAUACCCUGGGCCUCCAGAGGGGCCCCAUUGCCAAAGCAUGCCUGCCCACCCUGGCUGUGCCUUAGUCUGUGUGUAUGUGUGUGUUUCUGGGGGGGUGGGGGUGGGUAGCUAGGGAUUGGGCCCCCUUUCUCCCAGUGGAGGCGGGCUGUACAGUGUACCUCCCCUUUAAGUUAAAAAACAAAAAACAAAAACUCUGGAGGUCAAUAAUUUCCAGUGGGUGGGAGGCUUAAAGCAUAGACCCUCAGUCCCUAGACCCCGCCUGGUGCUCAGCCUCGCCUGAGAUCGGCUCCAGAAUUUUUGCCAGGCUUACUAAAAACCCACUGCCUAGAGGCCAUCUUAAAGGAAGCAAGGGGUGUAUGACUGCCAUCCCAACUACUCCCUGGGGUAUCAAAACACUGGCAAAAAACUGCAUGGUCUUGAAGACAACUGUCUGAAGCAUUUGUAAAGGCCAGUGAUGUGGCCCUCCAGCCUCAGUGUCAAAAAUUGCAUCUCCUGCCUUUGCAGGGAGGAGAGGAAAAUGGCCACUGCCAGCCUUAAAGGUGAUGUUAGCCUGUUUUUUUUUUUUUUCUUGUCACGAGGGCAACAAUCACUGGGUGGCUCUUUUCUUAAAAGGGAAGUUGCUUUUCAAAAAAAUUUGGGGGGGUUGGGGGGAAUUGCUACUGUGCCGUAGUCAAAGGAAUUGCAUUGCUUGAGUGUGUGGUGUACACACGUGUGUUUCUGCGUGCUAGUUGCUUUCUGCUGCUGCUUCCUGCUUCUCUAGGACUCACAUACGUAACAUGAUCUAUAUAAAUGUAUAAAUAUAUAUUUUAUUUUUUUUUAAUUCCCUGGAGCUUCUGGUUCCCAUCAGCCCCUGCUGUCAAUCAUAGAGAGAAGCCUUGUCCCUUGUCCCACAUCCGUAAUGUUCUUUUUUUUUAAACCCCAAUAUAAAGAUAAAAGAAA